AUGGCAUUGAUGGUAUCAGCACAACUUCGUGUGUUGUAUAAUAACACGUUAAUAAGCAUGAAAGUAUUAAAAGAUAGCACAAUACGUACAAUAUGCACAACGAUAAUUAAUUUUUCGGAUUUGUCAAAGCCAGAAGAAAUGUCGGAAGAAGAGAUGGCAAUGUAUAAAUUAUACAGACCAGAACGUAUAACACCCAAAAAACGUGGCACGGAUUUGUUAAAUGAUAGUCGAAUCAACAAGGGAAUGGCAUUUAGUUUAUUUGAACGACAAUAUCUUGGAAUACAUGGAUUACUCCCACCGGCAUUUAUGACCCAAGAACAGCAAGAAUAUCGUAUAAUCACUCAACUUCGACAACAAUCCAAUGAUUUAGCGCGAUACAUACAGUUGGAUGGUUUACAGGAUCGCAACGAAAAAUUGUUUUAUCGACUUUUAUGCGAACAUGUCAAGGAAUUAAUGCCAAUUGUUUAUACACCAACUGUUGGUUUGGCUUGUCAAAAUUUCGGCUACAUUUAUCGAAAACCAAAGUAA